AGGACACGCAGCGAGAGGGUGUUCGGAUCGGCGGUGCGCUCGACUCCUCGCGAAAUGAAGACUCUGACAUCACGAACCCUCCUUCCCCUGCUGGUCCUCCUGCUGGCGUGGGCGGCGGCGCGGGCGGAGGACGCGGCGGCGAAGGAGGCGGAGGAGCUGCCGAAGCCCGAGGGCUGGAGGGCGCCGCCGCGGCUCCCUCCCCCCGGCAGGUCGCGCUUCGGGGGCGGCCCUUCGUACGACCUCGAGAAGGCCUUCGACUCCAUGAGCAACAACAGGGCGGCCAACCGCAAUGGGUACAGCGGCAGCAGUAGUAGUUCCGGCAGCGGCAGUUACAGCAAGAAUCGAGGAAGCAGCAGCGGCGGUUACAGCGGCAACAGCGGGGGUUACAGCAGCGGCAGCAGCAGUAGCAGCGGCGGCGGAUACAACAGCAACGAGAGAUACAGUGAUGACCUGUAUCGGGAUGCUGGCUAUCCGGAAGAUGAGCAAUACAGUGCUUACGCCUCCGCCUCCGACUAUGGUGGUUAUGGCAGUGACAGCGGAUACGGGUUGUCCUGCGCGUCGGGCUACGUGAACGCCUCCGCCGUGGCGCUGCUGGCCUUCCUGUUCCUGCUCAACAUCGUGCAGGACGUGAUCCAGCAGAUCACCAGCGGACGAAAGAGGCGCGACGCUGAGGAGGAGAGCGACGUCUUCGCCUUCGUGCACAACGGGGGCCUCGCCUCGCUGAAGGAGGGGCUGCCGGAGGUCGUCCUUCCUCUCAUGGUGGAUCUGCUGGAGGCCACGGAGGCUCCCCACUGCCUCCAGAGGCCGCUUUGCGACGCCAACGCGCAGCUCUCCCUCAAGUACGGCGUCGUGGGCCGCAUGGUGGCCUCCCUGCUGUCCAACGUCAUGGGCAAAGCCUUCUCGUGGGACGACAACAAGCGCUUCCACCUGGCCCUCGAGGCGGCGGCGGCGGGGCGCAGCGAGCACACCUGCGCCAGGUUCCCCACGUGCUCCAAGGCCCACAAGUACUCGAAGGACGCCAACAGCGGGAACGACACGCAGGAGCACGGGGAGGAUGCCGGAGGACUCGUCGGGGAUGUCCUUCGAGAUAUCCAUUAUAACGGGGUCGACUGAGCGUGUCUCCCGUGAAAAAAAGUGUACCGGCGGGCAUUAAUUCUUACGUUUUGUUCUGUUUUUUAUUUAUUUUUAAAAAAUCUUUUCCAUAAAUGCUAGAUUCACUGACGAAUAAGUAUGCAAGAUAUCUAGUCAAAAGUGAUUAUUUAAUUCAUUUUCCUCUUCUUCAUUUUUAUCCACAUUCUAAUUUCGCUAAUAGUCUGGGGACGGUAAUUAGUUUCCCGAAUCACCACUCCACGUAGCAGAUUGGGGCAUUAACGAUAAAUUAACAUAGAGGUUAAUUUGAUUAACAACUUUUUUCCUUUUUAUUAGACUAUUUUCAAUUCGACGUGAUUAAAUAACAUUAUCAUCGUUUUUUAUUCUCUCUCUUUUCUGUCUUAUGCUUCCCUUUUUACUCGUUUCCUUUUCAGUUAUCAUCUCCUUCUUCUUCCCUUUUCUUUUUUUUCACUUCCGCAUUCCGUGUGAUUUCCUAUCGUUCACUUUUUGUGUAUACUCUUUAAAACUUUUUCUUGAUUACUGUUAUGUUCUACUGAAUAAAUGA